AUGUACGCGAAAACCCUAGAUCAAAUAUCCGAUGAGGACAGACCCUUUGUUCGGGAGGCGCUCUUCUGGACCAGCUUUGCGCAGGACCACCUUUUCGCAGACGAAUUGCUCACACUGGACGUCCUCAACGAAGUAGUGGUACUUGACGAAGAGUGCACAACAUUCGAUGAAGAUAUGAUGCUAGUCCCCGCACAAAUUCUUCUUGAUAUCUGCCGGGGCUUAAUCACCCGUGACUUAUCUGGCUAUGUCACUCUCGCCCAUGCCUCCAUCAAAGACUUUUUGACAUCCGACUGGAUCAAAUCUUCACGUGUCAGCUAUUUUAGCAUGGACCCGGCCACAGCGAACACCAUCAUCAUGCAAAAGUGUCUCACUUAUCUAUGUCUCGACAACUUCAAAGAUGGAUACACAAGUAAAGGGGAAAUAUCUCGACGCUGGAGAAAGCACAAGGCCCUCCCAUAUGCUACAUACAUGUGGCCCAAAUAUGCUGCCGCGGCGGAGCUGGGAGAUACCGAGCGAAGCUUGGUGCAGAAAUUCUUCAAUACGAGACACCUUCCUCGCCAGGGAAACUUUGGUACUUGGAUGCAGGUCCUGAUGCCGUCGGUGGGAUUUUCGACAAUCGAAAAGACGCAUCCACUGUAUUAUGCCAGCUCCUAUGGCUUGACAUCUGUUGUCAAGAUGAUCCUUGAAUUCGACAAGGAUCUUGAUAUUGAUGCCCCGGGAGGUCGGGUCGGUGCCACUGCUGUCUUCGCAGCUAGCAACAGGCAAAACUUUGAUACAGUGGAUGUGCUUCUGAAAGCAGGUGCCGAUCCCAGAAUUAUCGAUCCAGGAACAGGCUAUAAUGUUUUCGACCUGUCUAAGAUGUCCAAAUGGUCAGGUCUUCGAGGUCCUUUAAACCAUUGGCUGUCGAGGCAAGAGAUUGAAUUGCAAAAGAAAUAUCGAAAUAGAUAUGGGAUAUAA